CCUGAUCCUCUUUAUGGCAGAACUCCAGAGAUUUGUUCAGCCCUUCUAUGGGAAGCGGAUCAUGUUUGACGCUUCAUUGGUUUCCCCAUUUCUCUCGUUGAUGUUUCCAGUUGCAGCCCAGAGGUUCCUGUCUUGUAAUUCUCUAAGAGUCGGCUCUUCAUCUUCAUUGUGUUUGGUUUUUGUUUUUCACCUCGUCUCUUUAGCUCGGCGUGUUCGGGGAAGAGCUGCUUUCCUCUCCGUCUUUAGACGGGCAGCUUUAUGUCUUUAAUCAGCUCCCAGGUUUCCUUCUGUCUGUGAAGUUUUCCCUCCUGCAUCCUGAGCUAGAAGCUACGUUUAGCCUCGCCACGUUAGCUGCUGCAGGUUUAUCUGAAUCGUUCGUCAAAUCUCUGGUGGAGAUAAAAUGUCUGUUAAAUGUAGCUUUGAAGCAUUUAAAGCUCGACUGCACCAGCCGCCAUCUUGCAGGAAACAGGAAGUCCAAGCAGAUUCAUAUUUGUUGUCAAAGAAAAGAUGGGAUCCGAUCAGUCCAGGUUCUGGUUCUGGUUCUGUACUGGUGAAGCUCUGGAUCGGUGUGGCCCAGCUGGUGCUGCUGCAGUGUCUCCCAGUUAAACCAGUUCACCCAGUUUGUGCCGUGUGUCUCCAGAUGUACUACUAUCGCUAUGACAACCCUGAGGUCAGCUGCUGCUACAAGUACCUGAUGUUCAGCUACAACAUCAUCUUCUGGCUGGCCGGAGCCGCCUUCAUUGCCAUCGGGUUCUGGGCGUGGAGCGAGAAGGGGGUUCUGUUGGACCUGACCCGGGUGACCCAGCUGCACGGCUUUGACCCGGUCUGGCUGGUUCUGGUGGUGGGCGGAGUCACCUUCAUCCUGGGCUUCGCCGGCUGCGUGGGAGCGCUGCGGGAGAACAUCUGCCUGCUCAAGUUUUUCUCCGGGGUGAUCGGGUUCAUCUUCUUCCUGGAGCUGACCGUGGCGGUUCUGGCCGUGGUUUUCCAGAGCCAGGUCCGAGAGUGGAUCAACAACUUCUUCCUGCAGAACAUCAAGGGUUACCGGGACGACAUCGACCUGCAGAACCUCAUCGACUCUCUGCAGAAGAUGAACCACUGCUGCGGGGCCCAGGAACCCAACGACUGGAACCUGAACGUCUAUUUCAGCUGCAACGGGACCCAUCAGAGCCGGGAGAAGUGCGGCGUCCCGUUCUCCUGCUGCGUCCCCGACCCCGCCGACUCGGUGCUGAACACCCAGUGUGGCUACGACGUGAGGAACCAGCAGGAGAAGGAAUGGAGUGAAAAGAUCUUCGUCAGAGGGUGCAUCGUGGCGCUGGAGGAAUGGCUGCCACGCAACCUGUACACCGUGGCCUUCAUCUUCAUCGUCAUCUCUCUGCUGCAGAUGGUGGGGAUCUACCUGGCCCGAACGUUGAUCGCCGACAUUGAAAAGGUCAAAUUCAGCCAUUGAGGCCUCGGCCUGCUGGGGGGCGGAGCCUCGGCCAGGUGUUUUGCACCUGGCUGCUGAGUCGCAUGUGCCUUCAUCUCCUUCUAGUGUGGUCUUCCUCUGAUGUGCUCGUUGCUAUGGUUACUGAAAAUGUCUGACUGAACGUAGUAUUACUCUGCUGAAGAGCGCCACCUUGUUUUGUCUGCACCUGAUGCCUUCACUUCCUGCUUCACCUGAGAGGCCUUCCAGAACCAAUCGCUGGCCUUCAUCACGUCUGAUCACCUGAACAUCAUCAGCAGCAAACACAUUACCAGUCCGGUUCCGGUUCCGGUUCUGUUCAGGUCACAUGACUCGCUGUUUAAUGAAUGUGAAUGCCGACACUGGAAAACACGUUGGUCUGAAUAAAGUUGUGUUUGAAUAUUCUGUGAUUGAUCAAGGAAACGAUUGGUUGAUCAGAUUAUUGACCCUGCCUCAUUGGGGAGCUUUUAUUUUGAAGGGACUGAGUUUUGUGUUUUUUUUUACAAAGUGAAUUUUAAUCUUUUUUAUAUUCAGAAUAAUAAAAGUGACUUUUCCUCUUCUUA